AUGGCGCUUGUGCGCCGAAUACUAGGUGACGCCCAGGCGAAACUUCGCAAAAUGGUAGACGAGCAAGUGUCAGUGGGCACAAGAGUGGAGGCUGACGCGGAACCUGAGCCAGCAGACCCACUCAUCACUCCAGCGUGUUCUGCACUCGAUAGGACCGACGACCCACGGCCCAUACCUCCUGAACGACGUCUUCUUAUCAGUACUCUAGACAAACCCCGUAAUGGAGCGCUCAACGGAGACAAAGAAGGCACGCUAAAUAGAUCGACGCGCCUUUCGAUUAAGAAUGGGAAGGAUAACCCUUUUAUAGCGUCAUCACCGGAUGACGAUAACAAGGAAAACCAGGCAAAUGGUAAAAUAGAUUCACCUGUGAAAUGGUCCACGCAAAAUGGCAGCGAUAGUGGCACUUACGCAGAAAUAACAGCAGGGAAUAGUGCAAGUGAUAGAAAUGUUUUAGAUCCUGCAGAUAGCUCAGAGGAGGAAGUCCCGUUGCCUGAUGCUACUUCACCCGGCAGAAGUAGCGAUGGACCAGAGCCCAGAGCCGAUAUCACUGCUUCCUUAGAUGGAGGGGCGGGGUCUCCAGGCGGGCGCUCGGACAGGUCGCGGCAGGAAGAGGUGCCGGCGUCCCCUGGGAUGCUUACCGCCACACAGCUCGCUCGCCGCCUGCGACUCGAAAACGAACGUCUGCAGGCGGAGUUGACGCGAGUGCGGCGCUUACUAGUGUCAGCCGCUGAAAGAGGGGAAGCAGGAAACGCCUUGAUUGAAAGAGCCCAUGGGGACUCACAAGACGGCCCAGCUCUGGAUCCUCAGCUGUUGGAGAAGGAGUUGUUGCUAGCUAGAGAAGCUGUCAAUUCUCUGAAAGCCGACAAGAAGCGGCUCAAAGCGGAGAAAUUUGAUUUGCUGAAUCAGAUGAAGCAACUAUACGCGACUCUCGAGGACAAAGAAAAGGAGCUCAGGGACUUCAUAAGAAAUUAUGAACAGAUGCGGUCUCGUAGCGGCGCUUCAUCCGCUUUGGGGGCGGAGCGCGCUGAGCGUGAACGCGAACGCGCGGCGUUGUUGCGGCACGCGCGUGACGAGGCGGAACGCUCCCUGCAACUAGCGGCCGCGCUAAGCGCUCGGGACACACAGCUGAGACAUGCAAGAGAACAACUGUUUGAAGCUCGAAGGCAACUGCAAGCUGCAGGAUGUCUAUCAGAAGGCGAGAGCGUCGCGUCAUUAGGAAUUGGACCACCAAUGAUUCUCGGAGGACCAUCUGGCUUAAUCGGCGAUAGAGGUAGCUGCAGUGCUGAUUCCGGAGUUAGAGGUAGCAGUGAUGGUGGUGCCACCUCUGUAUGCGGUGGGAACCUGUCCGACUCGACAGCAGAAGGAAUUCCUCCAACUUUGGAUCCAUAUGACACCGAUGCAGCUUCGCUCGUGUCAUCUGCACAUCCUAUUUACCAGCUGAGCACUCCGCGCGACUGCAGCCCGACACUGUCGCCACACAACAGUGGCUCUUCCUUCACACGCUCUAUAGAUGCUGGAUCUCUGUCGAGGUCAGUAGAGCAAUUAUCGAGCCCAGGCGAGUGCGAUUCAGGUCUCGUGGGUAUGAGGCCUCGUGCUAGCGGAUCAAAAGGAGGGAGAGGUCGUGGUUCUGCUUGGGGCUCAAUAUCGCGCGUUUUCGCUCGUAGCCGACAUCGUACUAAAUCGGGUAGCGCUGUUACCAGUGGACAUGAAAGCGAGCCAGUAUACGCCGGUACAGGAAGCACCCGCGCCUGGUCACCUCUAGGCAGCGAGGCGGCAUUACGUGAAGCGGCAUCGCUUCCGCUGUCAAGAUGGCGUGCACCUGCUAUUAUUGCUUGGCUCGAACUCGCUUUGGGCAUGCCACAAUAUGCAGCAGCUGUAGCCGACAAUGUGAAGAGUGGCAAGAUCCGUGCUUUGAAUGGGCAGGUUCUGCUCGAGCUGACCGACAGCGACUUAGAAGUGGGCCUGGGGAUCAGUCAGCCGAUGCACAGGAAAAAGUUGCGGUUGGCCAUCGAGGAGAGAAGGAGACCAGACCUCGUGAGGAACCCCAGUAUAGGCCAGCUGUCUCACGCUUGGGUCGCCGCUGAAUGGUUGCCGGAUUUGGGACUGUCGCAAUACGCCGAGUCAUUCUUGGCGAAUUUGGUUGACGCCAGGAUGUUGGAUACUAUCAGCAAGAAAGAGUUAGAAAAGUAUCUCGGUGUCACGAGAAAGUUUCACCAAGCAUCGAUUGUUCACGGAAUACAUCUCUUGAGAAUAAUGAAGUAUGAUAGACAAGCUUUAGCGGUAAGGCGUCAUCAAUGCGAAAAUGUAGAUGCCGAUCCCCUUGUGUGGACUAAUCAAAGGUUCAUUCGCUGGGCACAUAAUAUCGACUUAGGCGAAUUCGCUGAUAAUCUCAAAGACAGCGGAGUGCAUGGUGGUUUGGUAGUCUUAGAGCCAUCAUUCACUGGAGAAACAAUGGCUACAGCACUGGGGAUUCCGCCAUCAAAGAGUAUAAUACGAAGACAUUUGGUAGCUGAAUUUGACGCUCUAGUCAUUCCCGCAAGGAAUAUGUUCGGACACCAAAUAAGGAUGUUGGGACGACCUUUCUCGAGAUCAGUUGCUACGGGCUUACCAGGAAUUGACUUUACAGCUGACUCUAGAAGACAUAGUUUACGGGGAUCUAUAACAAGGGCACUAGGGGUACUAAAACCUAAACACGACAGACCAUCGCCAUCAAGUUCAAGCGAGACUUCAAGCGUAUUGAGUUUGACUCAACCGUACAUGUCGUACUCCCCACCGAUCGCAGUGCGUACGCUAUCGCAGUUGAGUAUGACGUACGCUCCGCCGCCAACACUACAAGAGUACGAACCUAUAUACACGCCGCUCAGUCUGUAUUCCCAAUCGAGUGUAUCGACCAGAGAUAGUCUACAACGGCUUAAUGAUAUUAAGGAAGCGAGUAUAACCCAUAGGUACGGCCACAAAGCAGAUCACGCUCAUCGAGUUAGUUCCCCGCUACCAGCGAAGACUAGCGAUGACACAUCCAUUAGACAAAAGCGACAUAGACGCGUCAAGAGUAUCGGCGACAUUAACGCCUCUAGCAAAACCUCUGUU